AUGAGAUUGAUAACUCUUUCCCCUCUACUACCGGCCGCUGUCGCCGUGCAAAUGGUCCAUCUGGGCUGGGAAGCAGCAAAUGUCCCAGCUAGCGGACUGCAAGAUGUUACGUUUCCCAUGGCGAUGCCAAAGGCGCCCCACGAAUCAGCGUACUACUUCGAGCAAGCUAUUUCCUUUAAAAACAUUCCCAAGAAGUAUCCGUUUUCCGUCAUAUACACCGGUCUGCAGCCUAGACCAGACAAAAACGGGAAAAGCAUCGUACAUGCCACUUUCUCGAGCUUUUUCCCCGACACGACCACCACAGAUAAAGCCUGCCAUCUCGGCGCGGACGGGGGACCCGGCGUUUCUUGCGCAAUUGACGUUGAAUCAAGCUAUAACGACACAUAUCAUCUGCAGAUCAAGGUCAAUGGGCAAACGUAUUCCGGCACACUUAUCAACUCCAACACUAAUCAGACUUGGGGUAUGGGGUCCUUCGACUUGCCGGCCGGUGUGAGCGGAAUGAAGGGAGGGAAGUGGGUAGGCUUCGUGGAGUACUACAACACUGGACUUCAGGACUGCACAAAGUAUCCCUUUACGGCUGCUACUUUUGGCACGCCGUUUACAUCAAUGGUUGGUGUGAAUAUGAAGUUGACUGCCCCGUACAAGGAUAAGGUCUGUGGGAACGAUAUGCCGUGGAGUGUUAAUCAACUCGAUGCGGGGACGUACGAGAUCACGGUUGGGGAACUAAACGGCAAGCAGGGCAGCUAA